AUGUCUGCAGUCCCGAAGCGCAAACGCGGGCGGCCAUCCAACGCGUCCAAGCUCGAUAUCGACGCGUCGCAAGAGCACAACUAUGUGACUGAAGCGUACGACACCGAUGCACCCGAUCAGGUGCGCGCCAAGAAGCGCGGGAGGCCGAGGAAAAGCUUGAGCUCCCCAGACGAUGAGCCCAGCCCUUCACCAGAGAGUUCCAAGCCCGCGAAAAAGAGAGGGCGGCCGUCGCUAGGUGGCAAACCGAGGAAUCUAAUUCACGAGGAUGAAGAGACGCCGCCCCAGCAAAAGCGGAAGCGAGGACGGCCUUCGAUCAAGAGUCGGGAAGUUGAAGAUGAAGACGCACCAAGGCGUGGGCGGGCACGGCAUAGCGAGGAUGUCGAAUCGCAGACCAGUUUGCAAAGCAAUGGCGCUGCGCAAGACUCGGACGAGGAUCAGCUGCAAAACGAGACCCCGAAUCAGAAGCGAGUGCCCGCGCAACGGAAGAGAGGCCGGCCCUCUCUGCAGGCUCGACGGGAAGACGAGGAAGAGGUGCCAAAACGCGGCCCAACAAAGGGGAAGCAAGAGGCGAAGCCACGAAAGCGAGGCCGACCAUCAUUACGAGAUAUCAGUGCUCCAAACAAGAUCCAGAGCAAACCCAGCGACAACGCCAAAGCAAAGACUACCACUGACAGCCCGUCAAACACGACAUCAGGCCGACGCCGCGGCCGCCCCGCUGGGCGUACAAGAGUCUCAACUGGAGCAGCCACAGAAGAUUCACCUGCUCCUAACGCAAGAAGGGCUCCCGCUAUUGAGCCCGGACCAGCAUCGAAGAAGAAACAGCGUCGACCUCCCCAAGAUGCCGAUGUCGAGGACGAGGGUAACGACGUCGCUCCCUCACCCUCAAAACCAUACCCGCACGUCUCGCCUCACAUCAACCGCGUCCGCCAAUCCACCAUCGAAUCGAAAUGGAGCCCCCUACCCGAAUCUACCGUCGCAGCCGCCAACUCAAUGCUCGUCCUCGCCCACCGUCCCGUCCUCCAGCGUCUCUCCGGCUCCGAACAGCGCCAAAACCACACCUCCGCAGCGCUACGCCUCGUUUCUCACCGCAUCACGCGCAAAAUCGCACGCGGCAUCCCCUUCCCCCCAGCAAGCAUGCCAUCGGCCCGGGUGCCUCGUGGGAGACAAGCGGGCGCCGCGCCGGGAGCCGCUGGCGUGCCCGACGGCCGUGCCACGGAGCUGGACUUUGAAAGCGUGCUCGACGCGAAGAUGGCGCUGGAGCGACAGCUGGACCCGGCGCUUCACGCGGUCGAGUUGCUGACGAGGGAGAAGGAGAAGCUGGAGAGGGAGCUGGAGAGGGAUUACGAAACGCUGCGUAACUUGGAGUCCAGUGCCAAGGCUCAGGGGAGGGAGUAUCGCGGCUUGUUGAAGAAGGCGCAUGUUCUGGCGCCAACGCCCGAGACGGUCCAUUCCCAACGGAAGCAAAAGGAAGAGCAAGAAAUAUCUUUUACCCCCUCCGGGGUCUCUCUUUCCGGAGGCCUUUUUAGUGAUCUUCAAGAUCCAGAGCUCAAGUCUCUGGCUCUUCAGCUUAGUGACCACAUGGAAAGCAUCAGGAGCAACCUCCAGCAAGCUGAUGGAAUCGUACCGCAGCUGGCGCGUAGUCGUGCUGCUCUGCAAGAUGUGCUGUUUCGGCAGUUGAACCAAGAGCAAUAUGAACGUGUGGUGCUUGGGUAG